AUGGAGUCACAGGGCAAGCUACCAUCUCAAAUGGAGAAGAACCCGAAACACAAUGCGUGUGCCAUUACUUUAAGUGGUGGGAAAAGCUAUGAAGGUCCAAAGAUGCUGGAUGAAGAAGAGGAAGAGAAAGAGAUGGAGGUGGAAGAAGCUAUCAAAGAAGAGGAAAAGAAAAGUACUUCCAAGUCAAAGAAGCCCAUAGAGACCGAAGUGAAAAUCACAUCGGCUCCAUUUCCUUCAAGGUUGGCAAGCACCAAAAGGGAGCGGGAAGAUGAUGAAAUCAUGGCCAUGUUUCGAAAGGUUGAAAUCAAUAUCCCUCUUUUAGAUGCUAUUACACAGAUUCCUAGAUAUGCUAAGUUCCUCAAGGAACUUUGCACAUCUAAGAAAAAGCUUAAAGGAAAUCAAACUGUAAAAGUUGGUGAAAAUGUCUUACCCUUGUUACAAAAGCGGCUACCGAAAAAAUGCAAGGACCCGGGUGUUUUCACGGUUUCUUGUAAAAUGGGUAAACUUUUUGUACCACGUGCCAUGCUUGAUCUUGGAGCAUCAAUCAAUGUUUUACCCUAUUCAAGCUAUAAGACAAUGGGAAUUGGUCCUUUAUCAAAAACCGGAGUUGUCAUUCAACUUGCCGGCCGAUCUUUGGUACACCCGAAAGGUGUAUUGGAAGACGUGUUAGUGCAAGUUAAUGAACUUGUGUUUCCCGCUGACUUUUAUGUUUUGGAUAUGGGUGAUGAAAACACCCCACAAUCGAACUCCAUCCUUUUGGGGAAACCUUUCAUGAGUACCGCAAAAACAAAAAUAGAUGUAGCCAAUGAUGUUAUUGAUACAUGUACUAAUGAUUGCCUUGAGAUGUCAAGCCAAGAUGUGUUAAUCACCAUCUUGAGCAAGCAAUUUGAUGAGACAGGAAUUAAGAAUUUGGCUGACAAGUACACAUUGGAGGAUGAAUUGAUUGAAGUAAUCAAUUCCUUGGAAAAAGCAGAACUCAUGAGAGUUGAACCACCCCACAUGAAGCUAACAAGUUCCAAUCCAAAACUUCUUCCCUCCAUAGUACAACCACCGACUCUUGAGUUGAAGGCUCUUCCCGACCAUCUCAAGUAUGCCUAUCUUGGAGAGGAAAAGACAUUACUGGUGAUAAUUUCCAACAAGUUGUCUAUUGCAGAAGAAGAUAAGUUGGUGACCUUGUUGAAAAGGUAUAAGAAGGCUAUUGGGUGGACGAUUGCUGAUAUAAAAGGGUUGAUCCCUUCCUUGUGUAUGCAUAAGAUUCUCAUGGAGGAAGACUUUAAACCAAUUCGAGAGGCGUAG